AUUCUGGACUACUGAUGUACAUGAUCUCUCUACUGGAGCUGUUAGACAAAGGAGCUCUGCAGGAAAACAGAUGGAGGUGCGGCAUGGAGUGGUGUACCUGACGACCACAAACAGCUGCUGCAAAGGAAACAAACAGUGCAACUCUCCACGUCAAAUAAAGACUUGAUGAUGCUCAGCAGGGUUGACAGCGAAUAUCCAUCCAUCCAUCCAUCCAUCCAUCCAUCCAUCCAUCUACUCAGUGUUGUGCAGAGCAGCGGGACAGAUGUGAGGCAGAGGCAGAGAGAAGGUACCUCCAGCGACAGAGAGUCAGAGCGGGACUGGUUCACCUCGGCCCCCUGAUCUCCCACGAUGCCCCGGAGCGUGGCUGUGUUCAGAGGACAAAGUCAAAUCUCCAGCUUCCAGUUGCUGACUCAGUAUGAAUACAAUACCAUACAAGAUUUUUAUCUUCUUAGCCUUCCCUCGAUCCUGAUUUUCCUGAGAGAGACUGGACCUGCACCUGGUGCAUUAAGGAGAGGAGUUAGUUUCUAGAAAACCAUGACAGACCUGCCCAGGGUCAAAUCAAUGGACCCAUCCUGAAAAAUCUUUAUCAGCAAGACGAACCUGAACACAGAGGAGGAAAUUCAAGGACAAAAGAAGAGGAAGAGAGACGAAAGGAGAUGGAUGUCAGUUCAAUGUGAGACCGAAGAGCAGGUGUCACUCUCUGUUUCUGCACUGCAAAAAAGAGAACAAGCUGAAGAGACUUGGGUCAAGAUCAGAUCUCAUGGAUUGAGUGGUAGGUGCAGAGACUCAUGCAUGAAUCCUGCACACACAUGUUGUCAUAAGGUGAAUUAGGGUCAAAGCGUGAACGAGCCUCUCUUGACCUUCUUCGCACUGAGAGAAAACACUUUAACACAGUUGAGAAGAGCAUCAUGCACAGUUUAAAUCUCAGCCGGGGGUUCUUGGUCCUCCUGCUGCUCUGGACCUUGUCAGUCGUCGCUGAUUCAGUCGGUGUAACGAGUGCAGAGCGAGGAGGAGCUGGAAGAAGCCAGAGAAGAGGAGGUGGCGGUGGCGGCGGGGGAGGAGGUGCAGACAAAAGGAAGAAGUACCACCGCAUCCAACAUGGCCAGUGCAGCUACACCUUCAUCCUCCCAGAGCUGGACGGAUGCCAGGCCGGAGGAUCGCCAACGCAGACCGAACAGUACGGUGGCUCUCGCAGCAGGGCGAGCAUCGUGCAGAGAGACUCGCCGCCAGUAGACGGGGACUGGUCGGCUCGGAAGCUGCAGCGCCUGGAGAGCACGAUGGAGAACAACACGCAGUGGCUGCAGAAGUUAGAGAACUUCAUUCAGAAGUCCGUGAGACGAGACAUCGCUAACGUCCCAUCGCACAUCGUCCACAACCAGACGGCCACCAUGCUGGAGAUCGGAACGAACCUCCUCACGCACACAGCGGAGCAGACGCGCAAACUCAAUGUGGUGGAAGCCAAGGUGCUGAACCACACGUCUCGGAUAGAGAUCCAGCUUCUGGAAAACUCUCUGUCCACCAACAAGCUGGAGAAAGAGCUGCUGCUGCAGACGUCUGAGAUCAGUCGACUACGAGACAAGAACAGUCGUUUGGAGAGUAAAGUUCAGAUGUUGGAGUCUCAGCAGAGAGGAGAGCUGCAGGGCAUGAGGGAGGAGAAGAACCGGCUGCAGUCUGUCAUCAGGACUCAGAUGGUGGCCAUCGAGUCUCUAGAGAAGCAGCUGAGAGUCGCCAGCAGCAACAACACGGCUCUGCAGAGGCAGCAGGCUCAGCUGAUGGAGUCUGUCCACACACUCAUUAACAUGGUGGCCAGUACCACAGCGUCACCUCCCAGGAACCAGAUGUGGAGAGACUGUGCAGAUGCUUACAAAGCCGGUCACUCUGCCAGCGGCCUGUACCACAUCUACAUCGGCAACAGCAGCGAACCUGUGCAGGUGUACUGUGACAUGGUGGCAGGAGGUGGAGGGUGGACGGUCUUCCAGCGGCGGUUUAACGGCAGCAUGGACUUCCAGAGGAGCUGGAGGGAGUAUAAGAUGGGCUUCGGGGACGUGCUGGGGGAGCACUGGUUGGGUAAUGAAGCACUGUACCUGCUGACCACUCAGGGGCAGUACUCUCUGAGGGUGGAGCUCAGAGACUGGGAGGGAAACUCCGCCUACUCCCAGUAUGACCGAUUCACACUGGCCAGUGAGAGGCAGCAGUACAGGUUGUAUCUCCGGGGUUACAGUGGUACAGCAGGGAAGCAGAGCAGUCUGGCCACACAUGGGACCGGCUUCAGCACCCGAGACCAGGACAACGACAACUGUGACCACUGCAAAUGUGCCCUGAUGCUGACCGGAGGUUGGUGGUUUGACGCCUGUGGUUUCUCCAACCUGAACGGUAUUUACUACACCGUCGGCCACAACAUCAGGAAGCUGAACGGCAUCAAGUGGCACCACUUCCGAGGCCCCAGCUACUCCCUGCGCUCCACCGCCAUGAUGGUACGACCCUACGACUUCUAACAACACCCCCACUCUUCAUAAUGGAACAACCCUCUGCCUUAGGACCCAGUCCAGUCUCAUGAUGGUACAACCCUUUGGCUCCCAACACCCCCUGACCCUGCAGUUCAUCCAUCCACAUGGUACAGUCCUACAGUUUAUGGAUCCACAAUGGUUCAAGCCUGACUUCAUCAGAUCACAAACACCCCCCUGUGAUGUUUUCUGUCUCCUCUGUGGGACUGGUUUUUAUAACCUGUCCUGGAUCCACGAGGGCAGAGUCCUGCUCUAAAAGAACUAGUUUGUACAAGGUGUUGUUGGAAAUCAAAAGUGUUUAUAGCUCCUCUGAAAAGCCACAUUCAGCAGUGGGAUGAAAUGACAGCUGAGUAAAGAAUGAAACCUGAGAGAGGUUUCUUCAGUAGACGUCAGUGAAUGCUCCUAAUCCAGUGUUUGAAAGGUGUUGAGGGACUUUCUGAAGCUUUCUGACCCUCUGAUAAUCAGAUCUACAUGGUACAGUCCUCUGUGACUUCACUGCAUCUCUUCGAUUAAAUGGUAUAAUCCAGUGAUUUCAGCACACCUCUGCAGGUCGCAGCUAAACUUCCUGUUUCCUCCACACUGUCACACUUUUUUAAAAAAAUCUAAAAAUGCCGAGACAAAUGUGACACUUACAACCCAGAGAGAAGGUUUUUUAAAAGACAAACAUGGAGGACUGAUCACUACCACUAACACUGACUAACACUCUGAUCAUCUCCUCCUGUCAUCUGGGACCAGGAGAAGGAGAGGGAGCCAAAUAAAUGUCCCUCCAAAGACCAUGUGUUCACGUGAGAACCACACAGUUGUGGUUUAUGACGCCUUCACAGCCAAAUGAGGCUCACUCUCCUCCUACCGUGCAUCCUGCUAUGUAAAGCAGAGACUUGUACAUAAUAAACGGUGAAUAACUGAAGGACAGGAGGACAGACAGCUGGAGAGAUGUUGGACAUCGUGGUUUUAACUCUUAUUCUGGAAAGCAAACAAUAAUGGCAAACAGACUGAAUAUUUUGAUGGAUAAAUAAUCACAUUUUUCUGUUUUACUGCCAGAAACUGGACAUGUUUAAAAUCUUGAUCAACAGACUUUAGCCUCAAACAUGUGAGAAGAAAGGAAAGAAAAGAGUAAACAGAGAGCGAAAUGACACAGUGAGAAAGUCCAAGUCAGCCUUUUUUAUGUUUGCUUCAUGUUGGACAAUGAGCAAAGAAAGAAAAAGAAUUAAAAAAUCAAAUCAGAGACGUUUUGGUUCAGCAGCGUCCAGGUUCUGAAGCAGAGAAAUGUUGCUUUAAUUAUCCUCCUAAUCCAAACAACCUGGUUAUUUUCCUGUUUCUGGUCAGAGUCCAUGUUUUAUCUUGGCGUACACACUCCUGUUAUGGUACUUAAACAGAUUAAAUGAGUUACAGGACAUAUUUAUAUUAUUCAGUGGGUUGUUUUUCUGUCUCUCUCAUACACUCUCAACUAAAAUCACAAAAAAUCUCCCUGUAUUUGUCAGGUAUUGUCACAUUACAGCAGUUAGAGUUCAGGUUGUUGGUGCCGCAAUGUGAAAGCUGGACUGGACUCAAAGAUGUGAGUCAGUAUAUUAGUACUUUUCUUUUUAUCGUUUACCGACAUGGAGAAACCAGCGCCUGGGUUUACAAAGUUUUAAAGGAAGGUGUUUGAAAAUACCAAUAUGCUUUCUUGCUGAGAGCUAGAAGAGAAGAUUGACACCACUCAUGUGUCAGUUUACAAUAAAUAUGAAGCUACAGCUGGUUAGCUUAGCUUAGCAUAAAGACUGGAAACAGGUGGGAACAGCUAGCCUGGCUCUGUUCAGUGGUAACAAAAUUCACCCACUAGCAAGUCAAGUUCGUUUUACUUAUACAGCCCAGUGUCACAAAUCACAAUCUGUAGAUCAGACGACAUCCUACUGUCCUCAGACUCUCGAUAUGAAUAAAGAAAAACUCCUAAAAAACAAACAGAUAAAACAAUGGGAGGAACAGAGCAGGGAUAUCAAACUUCAUUGGUACACAGCUUACUGUAAUUCAGAGUGCUCUGCAGGUGAUCGCAGCACAACGAUCUGAGACUGAUCUGCAAGAAAUAAAAAUGAAAUACUAAAAGCAAUACAAGAGAUAAUAAAAAACGACAAAAUAUGAAAUUAAAUGAAGUUAAAGUUUAUAAAAUAGACAAAAGACAGUGACAAAUAAAAUUGAUUUGAGGGAAUUCAACUUUUUUUAAUUCACAAACACAAAAAAAUAAAUGAUUGAAUCAAAUAAAUAAUGGUCAUAAAACGUUCUAAUCAGAGGCAGGCUAAAGAAGUUGGUUCUAGCUGUUCUUUUCUUUUCCUUCAGCUCAGAGCAGGAAAAGUACAAGUUCUUGUCCUGCAUUUGGAACGAUCAAAAGACUUUUAUCAGAGGAUGAGGAGCUGUCCUGGUUCAUAGAUUGGAAAUAUGUGUACUUAAAGUAAAGUGAACCAGUGGAAUCUAUCUUCUCAUCUAAGUUCCAACAAGAAAUCAAAUAAGGUUUUCUCCCAAAAGUCAAACUAUUCCUUUAAAAAAGACGGUGCUGGCUGUAUUGGUUCCCUCAGAGGUCAAUGUUGUGGUGAUGGAUCAUUAUCCUGAAUCCCUUCAUCACAGCUGUAAGGUUCUCUGCAGGAAAGCUGAACGUCUUUUUAAAAUGCACUUUAUGGAAGAGGAUGUGUUGAGGACAGACAGAGUGUUUGGUUUAAUCUUUGCUCUCAGUCUGACUGUGGGUUGUAUGUUGUUCAAACUGUUUCAAGAUACUGCAAUCAUUACAAAAAUUACACUUUGUUUAGGUGUAAACUUGUUUUUUUUUAUUUACUACAUAAUGUGUAGCGAAGCUUGUCCACUCGACUGUCACACACACUCUGCAGUAUUUUGUACAAUAAAACAUGUUAAUGAAGUUGUCUCUCAUGUUUAUUGACAGUAAAUGUAAUAAAAUGUUACUACAUUACACUACAA